AUGAGGUGGAGAUCUGUGUGGUUGUGUUUCCUGGCUUUGUCUGUUGCCAGUGUCACUGAGGUCCAAGCCAGGCUGGUUCGUAACCAUGUCAGCAGCAUCUGCAGCACCUGGGGCAGAGAGCACUUCAAGACAUUUGACGGUGAUGUGUACCAGUUUCCUGGCAUGUGCGAGUACAACCUGGUCUCCGACUGCCACGGGUCCUACCAGGAGUUCUCUGUGCACCUGAAGAGGACAGAAAAGGAUGGAAAGCCUACAGUCAGUUACGUGGUGGUCACCAUCAAUGAUCUGUCAUUCCAUCUCAGCAAGAGUUUGGUCACAAAAAAUGACAUGCCUGUCAACUUGCCAUAUCGCAAUGCAGGAGUGCAAGUGGAAAAAAAUGCAGUUUACAUCAAACUCCAAUCCAAAGUUGGUGUCACUGUCAUGUGGAACGGUGACGAUGCCGUCAUGGUGGAACUUGAUCAUGAAUAUGCCAAUCUAACUUGUGGACUUUGUGGAGACUUCAACGGUGUUUCAGUCUACAAUGAGUUCAUUCAUAACGGUCGCAAAAUCAGCCCUAUUGAGUUUGGCAACAAACACAAAGUCCAUCGUCCAAAUGAUGACUGUGAGGACCCCUAUGAGGAGGAGGAUGAAUCACCGGAAGGCGCCACUGUGUCGGAUUCUUGCAAGAAAUUUCAAACCCUCUGUCAUGAGAUGCUGAGUCCAGAGUCCUGGAGCUCCUGCACCAAACUGAUCAACCCUGCACCGUACAUCCAGGCCUGUGUGCAGGACAUGUGUGGCUGCACCAACAGUUCAGACGACCACUGUGUCUGCAGCACAUUGUCUGAGUUCUCCCGACAGUGUUCCCAUGCAGGAGGACAGCCUCCCAGCUGGAGGACGCCUAAGUUCUGUGCUAAACAGUGCCCGUUCAACAUGGUUUAUGAAGAGAGUGGUUCCCCUUGCAUGGAUACCUGCACACUUCAAGACACAAGUUCACUGUGUGAGGAGCACAAAAUGGACGGCUGCUUCUGUCCUCCUGGAACUGUGUUUGAUGAUAUUUCCAUGAGGGGGUGUGUUGCUCAGUCUGAAUGUCAGUGCAAGCACGGCAAAAUCUAUAACUCUGGGGAGAUUUACCAACAGGACCGAGAGAAAUGCACAUGUCUUGAGGGCAGAUGGGCUUGUGAGAGUCUUUCAACGCCCACUACGUGCGCAGUGGAGGAGGGUUCUCAUGUGACCACCUUUGAUGGGAAAACUUACACCUUCCAUGGAGAAUGUUACUACACUCUGGCCAAAGUGGAAAGCAAG